AUGACUGCCAAAGAUUAUCCAUCAUUAUGGGGCUUUGGAACAACAAAAACGUUUAAAAUUCCUGUGGAACAUUUGGAUUUCAAGUAUAUUGAAAAAUGUUCAGAUGUUAAACACUUGGAAAAAAUUUUUUGUGUGCUCAGGUCUGGUGAGGAAGGAUAUUAUCCUGAACUUACGGAAUUUUGUGAAAAGCGCCUUAAAGGCUUGGCUCCUGAAAGUAGAGCUUUGAGGAAAGAUAAACCUGCAGCAACAGCAUCCAGUUUUACAGCAGAAGAAUGGGAAAAAAUUGACGGUGACAUAAAGAGUUGGAUAUCGGAAAUUAAAAAAGAAGAAAAUAAAAUGCACUUUCAUGAAACUGAAACACUUCCAGCAACGGAAGAUAAUUUGCCUCCAGUUCGUGGUUCACAUAGCCAUGUUCAUGUUAGUAAGGAAAAAUAUUCUAAUAGCAGACGACCUAAAAAGAAAAUUCCGAGGGAUUAUGCAGAAUGGGAUAAAUUUGACGUGGAAAAGGAAUGUUCAAAAAUUGAUGAAGAUUACAAAGAAAAAGCUGUAGUAAACAACAAGUCACAUUUGUCUAAAAUUGAGACAAGAAUAGACACAGCAGGUCUAACUGAGAAGGAAAAGACUUUUCUUGCUACUCAUGAAAAGGAAAAAGGAAAUGAAGCUUUCCAUUCAGGAGACUAUGAAGAGGCUGUGAUGUAUUAUACUAGGAGUAUAUCAGUGCUCCCCACAGUGGCGGCCUAUAACAAUCGUGCUCAAGCAGAACUCAAACUACAGAACUGGAACAGUGCUUUUCAGGAUUGUGAAAUGGUCUUGGAGUUAGAACCUGGAAACUUAAAGGCUCUUCUGCGCCGUGCCACUACAUAUAAACAUCAAAACAAGCUCCAGGAAGCCCUAGAAGAUUUGAAUAAAGUACUGAAUGUUGAACCUGAUAAUGAGUUGGCCAAAAAGACCUUGUCAGAGGUUGAGAGAGAUCUGAAAAAUUCUGAACCUGCAUCUAAGACUCAAACCAAAGGAAAGAGGCUGGUUAUCCAGGAAGUAGAAAACUCAGAGGAUGAAGGUGGAAAGGACAGCAGAAGAGCACGGGAGGACGGCCGUGGAGAUAAGAAGGCCGCGGAGCCGGCGGGAGCCGGGAGCGCCGCGGAGCCGCGCGCCAUGGGCAACAUCCAGAAGAAGCUGACCGGCAAAAGCGAGGGCGGCAAGCGGCCGGAGAGGGGCGCGCCGCGGCGGGGUCGUGCGCCCGGAGCCGGCGCGGACAAGCGGGGCCGACCGCGGGCCCCCGAGGCGGCAGGCAGCGCCAACCGGCACCCGGGCAGCGGGCGGGGCGCCGGGGAUCCUGCCGCCGUCGCCGCGGCCCCCGUCCCCGCGGCCCCCGUCCCCGCCGCCACGCUCGGCCCCGCGGGCUUGAAGAACCAGGGCAACGAGCUGUUCAAAAGCGGCCAGUUCUCCGAGGCUGCCCUCAAGUACUCGGCGGCGAUCGCGCAGCUGGAACCUGCAGGAAGUGGAAGUGCAGAUGAUCUAAGUGUCUUAUAUUCAAAUAGAGCAGCGUGCUACCUAAAAGAAGGAAACUGCAGCGGCUGCAUUCAAGAUUGUAACAGGGCUCUGGAACUUCAUCCAUUCUCAAUCAAACCUCUUCUUCGUCGAGCAAUGGCCUAUGAAACUUUAGAGCAGUAUCAGAAAGCUUAUGUGGAUUAUAAAAUAGUGUUGCAAAUAGACUGCAGAAUCCAGCUAGCAAAUGACAGUAUUAACAGAAUAACAAGAAUUUUAAUGAAUCUGGAUGGACCAAGCUGGAGGGAGAAGUUGUCACCCAUUCCUGCUGUGCCCACUUCUGCGCAUUUGCGAGCUUGGCAGCCUGUGGCGGAGACGCCCCCCAACCAAGGGGGAGGUUCCUGCAGCCGGCCCCAGCCCGGCAUCACAGAUGAAAAAAUGUUUAAAACCCUUAAAGAAGAAGGAAAUCAAUGUGUAAAGGACAAAAACUAUAAAGAUGCCCUUAGUAAAUACAGUGAAUGCUUAAAGAUUAACAACAAGGAGUGUGCCAUUUAUACAAACAGAGCUCUCUGUUACUUGAAGCUGUGCCAGUUUGAAGAGGCAAAGCAGGACUGUGAUCAGGCACUUCAGAUCGAUAACGGGAAUGUGAAAGCGUGCUAUAGACGAGCUCUGGCUCAUAAGGGACUCAAGGAUUAUCAGAAAAGUUUGAACGAUCUCAAUAAAGUUCUCCUACUAGAUUCAAGUAUUGUUGAGGCAAAGAUGGAACUGGAAGAGGUAACCAGAUUCCUUAACAUUAAGGACAAUACAACAUUAUUCAACAAGGAAAAGGAGAGAAGGAAAAUUGAGAUUCAAGAGGUGAGCGAAGGCCAGGAAGAAGAGCCUGGAAGGACCUCGGAGGAGCUCUCCACUGACUGCCGUGCCUCUGAGAACGGAGACACAACCAGUGGGCCACUAGAAUACUCUGAAAAACUACCCAUCACCAAGCCUAACAAUGCCUAUGAGUUUGGUCAGGUUAUAAACGCUAUCAGUAUGCGGAACGAUAAACAAGCCUGUGCACACCUUUUAACCAUCACAGAACCGAAAGAUUUGCCAAUGUUGUUGAGUAACAAACUUGAAGGGGAUACAUUCCUCCUCCUCAUUCAGUCUCUGAAAAAUAAUCUUGGUAAAGAUCCCUCAUUGGUGUAUCAGCAUCUUUUAUAUCUGAGUAAAGUAGAAAGGUUCAUGAUGAUGUUGACACUAAUUAGCAAGAGCCAGAAGGAGCAAAUUGAACAGCUCUUUGAUGACCUCUCAGACACACCAAACAAACAUUUUACUUUAGAAGAUGUACAGGCCCUAAAAAGGAAGUAUGAGCUUUAA